AUGUCAUCCCCAUCCUCCACCCGCUCCGCCUCAAAGCGGAAACGGAGCAACUCCCACUCCACAGCGGCCCCUAACCCCAAACCCUCAAUCAUUGACCUCCAACCCUCUUCCCGCGAUGCCUCUGCUGAGGAAGGCGACUCCACCACCGCUGCUUCAUCAUCGCUCAAACACGGAAAUCCCAUCACUUCACUCGAUUCCUCCAACAGUCCCCCAUCCAAACGACCCCGUAAUCGCUCAACCGCCGCCGCAGCGGAUACCGCAAACACAUUAGCCUCCACUUCCCAAAACGGCACCUCUAAGACAAUCACAGCCAACUCCAACUCCACCUCCAUCAGCAAAGAAGACCCAGGCGAACCAUCCGAGACGACCGAGGCGAGCGCUGAUAUUGAGGAGAGAGCUGCCAAGAGGCGCACGGGGCCUUCUUCCGCUACCUCGUACAGGACCCCGAGUUUGGCGACGACGGUUCGAACGGCGACGGCUGCUAGUGUGGGGACUCGCUGCAAGGAGGAGGAGCGCCUGAAGCCGCCGGAACGUGCGGGGUUGCAGGAUCCCGCGGGUUAUCAUACGAACCCACCCCCAACUGGGAGGCCUGUUCGGGUGUAUGCGGAUGGGGUGUUUGAUUUGUUUCAUCUCGGCCACAUGCGCCAACUUGAACAAGCCAAAAAGGCCUUCCCAGAAACCUACCUCAUCGUAGGCGUAACCUCGGAUCACGAAACGCACAAACGCAAAGGAUUAACCGUAUUAACGGGCACAGAACGAUCCGAGACAGUCCGCCACUGUCGAUGGGUCGAUGAAGUCAUACCCGAUUGCCCCUGGAUCGUCACACCCGAGUUCCUUGAGAAACAUCAGAUCGACUAUGUCGCGCAUGACGAUCUGCCAUAUGGCGCUGCGGAGGGCGAUGAUAUAUACGCGCCAAUUAAGGCGCAGGGGAAGUUUUUGGUCACGCAGAGGACGGAGGGGGUUAGUACGACGGGGAUUAUUACCCACAUCGUCCGCGAUUACGAAAAAUACAUAACCCGCCAACUAAAACGCGGCACCUCCCGCCAAGAAUUAAACGUCUCCUGGUUGAAAAAGAACGAGCUCGAAAUCAAACGCCACGUUGCCGAACUGCGCGACUCCAUCAAGAAUAAUUGGUCCGUCACUGGGCAGGAGCUUGGCAAAGAGCUCCGGCAGUUCUGGGCAAAUAGUCGACCCUCCAGUCCGGCACGGAAUGUCAGUGGAGGGAGCAUCGAUUCUCCGCGAGCGGGCGCGAUAAGUCCAGGUAAUAAUGGUAAUGGUAAUGGCAGCUAUUUCGGUAUUGGGACUGGGGCCGGAAAUCGAUCGCAGCUACACAGACUUGAUAUCCCGCCCAGUCGGCCGGAGAGUCCUGGGGCGGGCGGGGUGGGUAGGAGCGAGGAUUUUGCGACGGGUUAUAGUUUGGGGUUAAUUGGGGGGGUUCGGGCUUGGAUGACGCGCAGUCGUACGUCGCUAAAUGAUACGGAGAGCAGGCAUGUGGGUACGGAUCCAGAACAGGUCUCGUCGCCGUCGGCGAGUGAUGAGGAUCGAGAUCGGGAACGGACGGAUGGGGAGGAGAGGUCGCUACAACAGAAACAACAAACACAACGUGGGAGGGCUAAGGAAGUUGAAGCUGGUGCUGGGAGGAAGGAGUCGGUUGAUGGGACUACAGCUACGCCUAUGGAUGUUGAGUUGUGA